GCUGCUUUCAAAUUUCAAACCAUUUCUCUGUGAUAGCGGCAAGUAUGAAGGUGCUGUCUAAAUGAAUUGUUAAAAAAGGACGCAUAGUUUGUCCACGUAUCUUCCUUCAGGAAGAGAGAGAAACAAGAAAAACAGUUUUACAUUUUGUGACGCAGAAGCUGCCGUUUAGUGACAUAUUUGGAUUAGAGCAUGGAGUCUGAAACAAAAAAGUAUAUAGAAAUCAUGGAAACGGAGGAGGAGUUGGGCAUUGGAGAGACUAGCGAUAUGGAUGCCACAUUAAAUAAGGGUGCUCGCAAGAAUUUGUUUGAUGAUCUAGCCCCAACCCCCAUGAAGGCCAACUCUAGUACAAAUGUUGAUCCCGGAAGUGAACACGUGAGGGUUUUCCUCCGUAUUAGACCAUUUACUCAAGAGGAACAGGAAAACAAUGAAAAUCAGGGCUGUAUGGAACUUGAGAAUAUCAACAACCUGGUCAUGCAUGCACCAAAGGAGUCUGUUACCUUCAAGAACAGCACACAUGGCUGUGGAAAAAUGACUCACAAGUUCACAUUCUCCAAGAUCUUCUCAGAGGGAACGGAACAGAAACAGUUCUUUGAUGAGACCAUGCUUGGCACUGUGAAAGACUUUAUCGAUGGGCAGAACUGCCUUGUUUUUACCUAUGGAGUUACAAACUCUGGAAAGACUUACACUAUUCAAGGUAACCCUAAAGAUGGCGGAAUCCUCCCCAGAGCCUUGGACGUGCUGUUCAACAGUAUAGAGGGCCAGCAGUGGGAGAGCAUGAGUCUGAAACCAAGGAUGUUCACUGACGUCGUCAAGCUCUCGGAUAAACAAGUAGAACUAGAAAAGAAAAACAAGGAGAACGUCAUGAGCCUUGCCACUCCGGAGGAGCCUGACGUGACCAGCCUCCUUGGAGAUGACCUCAGUGACAUGUCCAGGAUUAGCUGCAGCACGCGGACCUCUGCAGAGUCCCUGGCUCCAAGCUUAGAUUCCACAUCCACCGCCACAAGCCAGGAUGAGAGUCAAGAAAGCAAUCCCGUAGAGUCGGCUAUUGAGACUGAAGAUGAAGACAAGGAGAACCUGGAAAAGCUGUUUGAGGAGGCAGAGAACCGCGUUCGUGAGGAGGCAGCGAUCAGUGUGGAAGGUCAAGGUCAGGUCAAGUUCUCUGUGUGGGUCAGCUUUGCUGAGGUCUACAACGAGUACAUCUACGACUUACUGGAACCUCUCCCUAAGAAGAAAAAUGCUAGGCGGCCUACUCUCAAACUUAGUGAAGACAAGAAUGGCAGCCCAUAUAUUAGAGGUUUGAAGUCGGUUCAGGUGACCAGUGCUGAUGAAGCCUACCGGGUUCUGACCAUUGGAAAGAAGAACCUACAGGUGGCCUGCACAAAGCUCAACCAUAGCUCAAGUAGAAGCCAUUGUAUUUUCACAAUCAAGGUGCUGCGUGUAGUUGCUAAGGAUGAUCCCCAUGUAGCUAGAAUCAGCAUGUUGUCUUUCUGUGAUUUGGCCGGAUCUGAGCGCUACACCAAGACUCACAAUACAGGAGAGAGACUGAAGGAAGCUGGGAACAUCAACACCUCCCUCCUCACGCUGGGGAGAUGUAUUGCUGCACUUAAACAUAAUCAGUUCCACAAAGAACAUCCGAAGAUAAUUCCCUUCCGUGAGAGCAAACUCACCCGACUGUUCCAGAACUUCUUCUGUGGCAAAGGGAAGGCUGCCAUGAUAGUGAACGUCAACCAGUGUGCCUCCCUGUUUGAUGAAACUCUUCAUGUCUUGAAGUUUUCAGCUAUAGCAAAACAGGUGGUUGUGAUACAGAAACCCCCAGAGGAAGAGAAGAAGAAGACGAGGAAUGCAGCUCGUUUGGUUUCCAUGGCCUUGGCUCAGACGCCCAGAUCGUCUGCCGUCAGGCCCUCCAUCAGCUGGGCCACUCCUGGCACAAUGUUGGAGGCCAUGAACCUGCCCAUACCAGAGGAUGAUGAAGAUGGUCUGUUUGAGGAGUCUGAGACAGACAGGGAACAGGAGCUGCUGGACAUCAUCCAGUCCCUGAAGAAGGACCUGCUGUCUGAGAAGCGCAAGAUGGCCCAGAUGGAGGCUCAGAUACGGGAGGAGGUGUGUCAGGAGAUGGCGCAACAGUUGGUACAGAUUGAGAACCAGUACAGUGAGAGACUGCGAGAGGAGACCAUCAUGGUGGAGGAGAAGGCAGAGAAGAGGAUCGAGAUGUUCACGCAGUCUGUGAGGAAGACCAGGAAGAGAGCACGAGUGGACAGGUUUGAAGACGAGGAGGAUGAAUGGGUUUCCAGCCAGGUGCUACAUGCAGCUCAGAUUAAGAAUCAGGACCUGGAGAAGCAGCUCCAUGAGUUGCAGACCAAGCUGGGCAGUCUCCAGGCAGACCUGAGGGCCAGCAGGGAGGACAUGAGGCUGAUGACCACGGAGAAGAACAAUUUGAUGGCAGAAAACACCAAACUGCAGUUUGAAGUGGCCAGCUUCAAGAGCAAGCAGUCGGAAAAUUCCCAGAGUGAACAAGAGGCCUGUGAAAAGUUACAGAAGGAAAGAGCCUGCUUGGAUGCAGAACUGGCGGAAGCUAAGGAACAGUUGGAUGAGGUGAAGAGGAAAAUCACACAAGCUCAGGUAGAACAUAAGAGGUCUAAUUCAGGAGACAUUGAAACUAAUGAGCUAAUGGAGAAUCUUGGAAGGGAACUCCAGCACUCCAAAGAACAGUUGGCACAAAAGAGUAAGGAGGCAGAGGACUUGAAUGAGAUGCUGACGGAAGCGGGAGAGACGUUCCAGCAGAAGGAGGAAGAGAUAGGCAAGCUGAAGGAGGCAUUAUCACAGGAGGUGGAGAAAAUUGAACAACAGGCAUUGACCAUUGAAGAACUGAACAAGGUGCUUGAAGAGACCCGAGAGGCUGUGGAGACUGCCAACAGUAAGCUGGAUGCCCGAGACAAGACAAUCCAAGAGCUUCAGUCUCAGCUAGAGACUACAUCAGGUAGUAAACCUAGCACAAGUCACACUACAACCCAGGUCAGCCCCUCACUGGCAGCUUGUAAUGCUCAGGACGGCGUCUCCUCAAGUCCUGUGCCUAAAAUUGUAGUUGACCAGAAGGUAGAGACGCCCAAAGGAACGCCUAGUAGACACGAUGAAAGACAAGAAGCCCACGAGGCUGCUGCUCAUAGUAUGAGACUUAAGCUCACACCUUCAAAAUGUGGCUUUAUUGCAAAGCAUACCAAAACUAGCCUUCUUCGUUUAAUGGGCAAAAGUCCCUUGAAAAGAAAAUCUAAGGAAAAGACUGAUGAAAAACUCAGUUCGGCCUCAAAGCGUAAAAGGUCCUCCCUCUUUGGAGGUACACCAGGGCGUAGGAAGAGCAAGGUUAUUGACAGUAAAAUUGCUAAGAGAAAGUCCAGUCUACUAAAACCUUACAGUUUAAGAUCCAGAACCAAGAAAAAAUUGCCCUUUACUCUUCUAUGCUUGCUGGGAGUUGGACAAUUAGGGAAGUGCCUAAUGGGGAAGAAAACUAAUAGCUGGAUCUUUUUUGGUCUAGAGAAUGAAAACAAACAGGAAGUUACACUUGGCAUGCUAACCUCCAAAGUGGCAGCUCUAGAGGAGUCUGUCGGUCAGACAAACUCGGAGCUUCAACAGAAACAGGCCCAGAUCACUAAGCUAGAGGAGAGCAUUGAAGAGUAUAAGAAAUCCCUCAGUGAUCAUGAGUCCUUUGUCUCUGAACUAAAUCAGCUGCUAAGAGAUGCAAAGAUAGAGUUGGACCAAAAGAAAAUCCAGCUUGAGAGCCAGGAGUCUGCAGUGAAGCAGAAAGUUGAAGCCCUGGAGAAGCAGGCAGAGGAGCAACGGCAGACCCACGAGGCUGCAGUCUCUGCCAUGGAGGAGAAGCUGAAGCAAGUGCAAUCUGAGCUGGAGGGUGCAAAGUCUGGUCUGCAGAAGUCUCAGGAUGUGUCUGUGCUGUGCCAGAGCCAGGCCUCUGAACUGACAGCCUCCUGUGAGAGGGUAGCCGCUUUGGAGACCCAGGUGAGGGAACUGAAAUCUGACCUGGAGUCUGAGCAGGAGAAGUAUGCCAAUGCCGCCGAUAAUGUCACCAUCUUCCAGUACAGGAUUCAGGAGCUGGAGGAAAUGUUGGCACAAGACAAGAAGAAGGGUGAAGACUCCAAGAAAGAAGAGUGUAAGGAGAAGGAUGUACUAGAACAGAAAUGCAGCGAGCUGGAGAAGCAGAAACGAGAAUUGGAUGAAAAAUUAGUUGAGAAAGAAGCCCUUAUUGCCAGUCUACAGCAGAAGGUGAUGGAAAAUGAAACUGCACUGGGAAAAGAGCAACUACAGCAGCAGUCACUGAAGGAUUCCCAAGGUAGCCAGCAUGCUGAAAUUGAUCGUCUUUCACAGGAAUGCAUUGAAAAGAACAAUGAAAUUAACAAACUGAAGAGUGAGAUAGACAUCUUAAAAUCAGACCUCAGAACAGAAGUGCAAACUAAAGAUGAAGUUCUUAAUCGAUUACAGAUGGUUGAGGAAGAAAGUAAGGCUCUGGCAAACAAAAACAAACUAUUAUCUGAUGAAGUUGCUACAAUGUCGACUUCAAACCAACAGCAGGAAGCUAAAAUCAAACAGCUUGAGAAAGAGCUUGUUGCAUUAGAAGACAGCAAUGGUCACUGCGCAAAGCAGGAGAAAGAAGUGACAUCAUUAAAGUGCAAAUAUGAUGACGUACUGAAAGAGCAAGAAAAAGAAAGAAAAAAGAUAAUAGACUUGCAACUGCAGAUUGAAAAACUUGAAGGGGUGCAGGAAAAAGAAAGAAGGGUCCACUGUGAGACAUCUGAGAAAUUGUGCCAUCUUGAAAAAGAAAAUGAAAGAUAUGAAAAACUGUACGAAGAAGCACAGACCAAAAUUGCAGGUUUGAAAAUGUCUUUAGAUAUUGCCACUGAGAAUGAAGACGUCAGUGAGGAAAGAACUGCCGAGAUAAAAACACUCAAGUCUCAGCUGGCAGAGAGGGAAAAGGAACUGAAGGCAUCGCGGGAGCAGCUGGAGAGCAAGACUGCGGCCCUAAGUUCUCAGAUCGAGGACCUGGAGGGAGAUCUGGAGGCGUCCAAGGCCAGUGUGAGGCACCAUGUGGAGAAGGAGCAGGACAUGCAGAGGAAGCUGGAGGAGCUGACUGAGGGCCACAGGGCCAAGGUCCAGGCACUGGAUGCCUUGGCUUCCAGACUCCAGGACACGGAGAGGGAGACGGAAACACUGAGGCAAAGGGCGAAAGAACUGCAGGGAGAACUGGAUGCUAAAACCAGAGACUGCUCGGCGGCUGAAGAGAAAGUUUCUGAGUUGAGGAAGAGUGUGGAGGAUUUGCAGAAAAGUAACGAAGAAUGGCGACUGACAAAAUCUUCAAAUGCUCAACUUCAGAAAGAGCAUGCCAAGGUGGAAGAGAGGUUAAAAGAGGUGCAGUCAAAUUUGGAUGCUGUGCGGCAGUCUGCAGCUCAGCUUGAGGCAGAGUUGAAAACAAAAACUGAAGAGCUGAAUGAUAGUAAAGAGAAGUUGGAGGAAGUUAUGUCAGAAUUAAAAAUAAAAACUGCAGAGCUGAAUGAGAAUAAGAUGAAAUUAGAGGAAGCUAUGUCAGAGUUAAAAACAAAAAAUGCAGAGCAAAGUGAGACUAAGGAAAAAUUGGACAAAGUUACAUCAGAAAAGGAAGAAAAUGAUAAAACACUCCAACAGUUCAAGGCAAGUUCAUCGGAACUUGAGGGUAAUUUGCUGAAAGAGAUUGAACGACUUGAGAAAGAGAAAAAUGAAAAUGCAGAUAAGCUUUUCAAAGCAAAUGAACAGUAUGAUUUAAUGAAAUCUGAAAUGGCAGACAUUUCACAAAGGUGUGAAAAGACUUUACAAGAAAAAACUAAAUUGGAGGAGGAGUUGCAGUCAGCCCUGGAGUCCAGAAUCUCCUCAGAAAAUGAAGAACUCAGAAACAAAGAAAGUGCCAUACAGGAACUGAAUAACCAACUCGCAAAACUGGAACAUGAUUUACAAGAAAACGAAACCAAGCUACAGAACUCUGAAACAAAAGUGGCCACUUUGAGAGACACUCUGACCGCGCUCAGACAAGAAAAUGUCAGAUUGAAGGAUGACUCUGAAGAAGAGAGCGACCACGUCUCCAACCUGAACGCUGAAGUUGCCAGACUUAAGCAGGAGGUGGAGGAGAAGACUGCAAAGAUAGAGGGACUGGAGCAGAAGUACCAGGAUGAACUCAGUAGCAGAGAGGACUCUGUGCAAAAAUACCAGAAGCAAAUUGACCUGCUCAAAAAUGAGACGGCCAUAUUACAUGACCAGGUAAAGGUAGCCACUGAACACGAGACGACAGCCAAGCAGAACUUGGAGACGCUCCAACAGGAACUGCAGGCUAAGAAAGAGUCCACCACUCAGCUGAGGGAGGACUAUUCUAAACUGGAGGAGUCAAAGAAGAAGGUUGAUGAGCUGCUGGAAGACCUGAAGAAGUGCCAGGAGAGAGAGGCUACCCUGCGGAGUCAGCUCCAGGAGGCAUCACGCUCCAUGGAAGAGCAGAACUGCAAGUACAACCUGCUGGAGGACCAGCUCCUUAGCGCCAACCAGAGCCUGCUGGAGUACGAGAGGAAACAACAGGAGAAUUCAGCUGCUUGUGCUAGGCUAGAGAAGGAGUCAGCCAGCCAGCAGAAAAUCCUGAAGGAACACGCGGAGGCCCUGUCUGCCAAGGGCAAGGAAGUUGAAGAGUUGCACCAAGAGCUGAGAAACAGAGACCAGAAAAUUGAGAACAAGAACAAAACUAUCUCCGAGCUCUGGACCAAGAUUGAGACUGAGCGGAACAGCUUUGAAUUGGCUCUUAAAGAUGCCAAAUCAAAUGAAAUGCUUAUAGAGACUCUGAAGGAGGCCCUUGCAGAACAGGAGAGCGUAAUGGAGCAACAAGACAAGGUGCUGAACAGUAGGGAAAAACAGAUUGGGGACCUCUCUCAAGAACUAGAAGAGCUCAGGGAAAGGCACUCUGAGCUGCAGUCCAGUAAACGUACCUCCAGCAAGGAGUCUGACAACUGGCAGCAGCUGUACCGGGACUUGGAGACGGAGAAGAAGACACUGGACGAGAUCAAGACGGGCCUGAUGAAGCAGGUGGAAGGCCAGGCCAGCAAGCUGACCAAGAUGGAGACUGAGAAGGCCAGGAUGGACAGAGUACUCAAGGAGAAUGAGCAGGAGCUGAGAGAAAUGGAGAAACUGCUUUCAGACACCCGUCAGCAGUUGGAGACCCUGAAAUUUGACCAGGAGAAAGUUGUCCAGCAAGCAGUGGACAAGGCCACCUUAGGGGCAAAGCAGUCCAUUCAGGAGAACCUGGAGAAGACGAAGCAGAAGGCAAACGAUGCCAGCAAGGAGGUUCGGCAACUUAGUAUGCAGGUCAAGAUUAAGGAGGAUGCCAUCAGUGAAAUGCAAAGAGAACUUGAUAAACUGCACAAGGAGCUGGCUUCUGCAGAAGAGAAGAAACAGGCUGAACUCAAGGAGUUCAGAGAAAAGCGUGACCAGCUUGCCAAACAGCUAGGGCAGAUGAUUAAGGACAAAGAUGCAGAAAUUAAGAGCCUCAAGGAAAAUGGUGGCAGUGAAGGAGAGGAGCAGGUUGUUAGGACCAGGUCUGUGUCUGUGUCUGUCAGCGAGGAUGACGUGCUGGUGGAGGACUCCUUCACGUCGACACACCUGGAGAUAGAUGCAACGCCUGAGGUGGCAAAGACGAGGCGGACCACACGCAUGACACGUGGCAAGAAGAGGAAGAGUGUAGAGACUGCUGAGACAACUCCUCCAAAGACAAGGAGGGCCACCAGAGGAAGUAGGACCAGGUCAAAAGUUGAGAAGAUCAAAGAGGAAGAAAAUCAAGAGAAUCAGUCAUAUAGCACAGACAAGGAGCAGGACCAGUUCCAGAGGUCAGAAGACAGAGCCAGUAAGAGACAUGGCCUGUCAAAACUGGGCAACAUUCUGACCAACUCUCCCAUAGGAAAGUCAGAGACCUCAAAAUCAUGUGACUUCACCUCUACCUCCACAGCAAAAAAAAUCUGGGACAGUAUGACCUCGCCAGUGAAGUCUCCGUCGUCGACCUCCUCCCCUCCACCACCACCUACGACAGAGAAGAAGAAAAGAAAACUGUUCAAGACUGACAUAUCAGCUCCUUUUGAUUGUGCACCUAACAUGAUAAUUACUUCCACAGAAGACACAUCAUGUAAGAAAGACAGUUCCCAUGACAUUGUUAAGAGAAGACUGAGAUCCAGAAGAAAUUAAUUCAUUAAUGUGAAUUGAUUUUUGUUAAGUGUUCAUGUUUAUGGUUUAUCUGCAACAAAAGAAUUUAUAUGUUCAUAAUAGAUUAUAUAUACAUAUGAAACAUAGCUGCAAAAAACAUUUUUUAAAAAUGCUUUUAGUUAUGAAGUUGACAUAUACUGAAAUAACUUUUGAGUACAUUUUCCUAUGUGAAAAUUGCUGUAUGAAGUUAUUCUGACAUGUGGAGUAGAUUCUACCAUACAUUAUCUCUAUUCAGCGAGGGUUUCAGAGUAAUAAAUCAAGUUAUCCUGGGUAUGAUACACAAGGGUGCAAAUUCAAGUAGUAAUGAAAAUUUGUCUAUUCAAUCUUCACUGAUUUAAGUCAGUUUGCUCUGUGAAGCUUCUAUAUUGUCACUGUAUAUUAGAUUACAUGUCAUUUUCUCUACAUUAUGUCAUCUUUUAGACAAUUGCUCUAUGUUACCGUUUCCCAUUGACCUGCUCUAUGUACCAACCCCACUAACGUUACAGAUUAUUACUUUGUGGUGCUUCUGUUUGAGUUUUGGGGCAGAUUUUGAAUUGGAAUGCUAUGCUGAUUCGUAUGAUUUUGAUCGUGGUUGUGUUUGUGAUGAAUGAAUGAAAACUCAGAUCAUGUACCAUCAACUUUCUGUUUCUUAUACCAAGUAAACUGAAUGUGUAAUAGUUCUGUUACUUGCCUAAUGAUGUAUAUAGAUAGGGAGACAAGCUUCUGUAUAUAUAAACUUGGUCUUAUAGAUAGCUACAUGUAAAUAAGAAAGAUACUCCUAUAGUCUUUCUACAUGAUAUUAUAUUCAAAUAAAUAUUCAU